AUGGUUGGUGAUGGGCAAAGAAUCUCACUGCUCUUUUCCAUGUUUGCUGACGUACAUUCAGCAGGCACGACAGACAAGUGUACAGGAAGCUUGAUGAAGGAUCGAGCAUCCCAAAAGGAAUAUAAAAUCUAUCUGACUUUGCAGUGCCCGACGCGGGCCAGCGCCGCCGCCGCAGGCGGGUGGGCUCCUCCUCCCGCCCCGCCGCCCGGGGGGCCAAGGCCGCUCCCGCCGCCGCUGCCGCCGCCGGCAGAGCGGGUGUCAAGGCCGCCCCCUGCGCCAAGCGGGCGCCCCGCGGGCCGGAGCCGGCUCCCUGCGGCCGCGGCGGGGGACGGCAGCCCAGCGGCGGCGAGGCGGCCCCGUCGCCCGCGCCAGGUCCCGGCUGCCAGCAGCGACGCCGAGUCCGGCACCGGCUCCAGCGACCGCGAGCCGCCCCGCACCGUCCACGUCCCCGGACGCGGAGCACCGCUGCCGCUCCCCGGUCCUCGCGGGGAACUCACGGCCUCGGGCGCGGGGAGAGCGCCGAGCCGCGGGGAGCAGCGGGCAGCCCCAGAGGAGCUGCAGCGGGAGGUGGAGGAGCUGCGCUCGGAGAACGAGUACCUCAAGGAUGAGCUGGAUGAACUGCGGGCUGAAAUGGAAGAAAUGCGCGACAGUUAUUUGGAGGAAGAUGUUUACCAGCUGCAGGAGCUCCGGCGAGAGCUGGACCGGGCAAACAAGAAUUGUCGCAUUCUGCAAUAUCGUCUCAGGAAAGCAGAACAGAAAAGCCUGAAAGUUGCACAAACAGGCCAUGUGGAUGGAGAGCUCAUUAGGAGCUUGGAACAAGAUUUAAAGGUAGCCAAAGAUGUUUCUGUCAGACUGCACCAUGAGCUGGAGAGUGUGGAGGAGAAACGUGUUAAAGCAGAAGAUGAGAAUGAAGCCCUGCGGCAGCAAAUCAUUGAGGUGGAGGUAUCCAAGCAGACGCUGCAAAAUGAGCUGGACAAGCUAAAAGAGGUAAGCGAUAAUCGGGAAAAUUGUACAGAAGAGUGUUGGUAG